GUAGGAAUGCAAAAUAUAUACACACUGCCCAGGUCUUUGGAUUCAACACUUUCAAUCAGUGCAAAGUUUUGUCUUGUUCUGUAAUCAGUUUGCUCCAAUAUGUUUCUAAACAUUCAACCCAUUGCAAGAUGCCUUUUCUCUCUCUCUAAACAACAACAACAAAAAAAAAGGGAAGGAUAAUAAAAUGUGUGAAGAGAAGGAAGUAGUGUUACUUCCCUCCUGGUUUUAGAGAGUGAAGAAUCUCAUUUGUAAAGAGGAGGAAACUGGGAUUUGGUUUGGGCAAUGGAGAAGUGGUCUUGGUUUGGGUUUCUGAUGCUUGCGGCCACCGUUUCCGCCAAAGGCGUUCUCGACCUCUCCGGCAAAGAAGAGGUCAAUGGGACUUGGAAGGCCUCUGUCAUUUUGCCUUGCGCCUAUGAGCCAUCACCCGACUUCCGGGAGCUGAGCGUGGCUUGGAAGGCCUCCCAGCAAGAGCACGGUUUCCGGACUCUCUUCCACCGGGACCAGAGCUCCGGGGACCAGACCCUCUUGACCGCCUUCAAAGGCCGGCUCAGCAUCCGAAGGCAGCCGGCUGGAGAGGUCUCCCUCCAAAUCGAAGUGCUGGACAUGACUGACAGCGGGAUCUACACCUGUUCAGUGGCCUGGGAAGCAAAGAACAAGAGCCGGAUCACCAAAGAGAGGGUCACCAGGCUCAGGGUGAUCAAAGUCCCAGUAACCAAACCAGUCAUCAAGUCCAGUUCUGGAGCAAGGACAGUCCUGUCCGAAGGGGCCCAGGCCAGCCUGAGCUGCUUGACCGAGGGCUCUCCGCCCAUCAAGUAUCGAUGGUUCAAGAAAGAAGCUGACAGCCCCAAUCAUUUUGUAGACAGUGGAGCCGUGCUCACCUUCGACCCGUUGAAAGCCUCGGAUGCAGGGAGAUACUCCUGUGUCGUAGGAAACCGAGUCAACACCCGAAUGGAGUGGAGCGAGACCUUUGAGCUCAUUGUGAGAAACGGUUCUACCCAUUUUAGUACUAUACAUCCCAGCCUUUUGUCCGAGGAGCCCGCAACUUCCAGGCCAGAAACAACAAAGAAGACAUUCGAAGCAAGGACCACAACAGGCCCAAUCGUCCGGAGAAGAGCGACUACGGCAAAAGCCGCAAGGACAUCUUCGUCGACUUUUGGGUUGCACGGAAAGGCCUCCGAAAGGCAAGGCCAUCGCAAGGCUGCCUUGCCCCUCUAUGUUAUCAUCCUGAUUGCGGUGCUGGCUGCCGCUGUAGUCCUGGCCGCCAUCGCCAUCGCCUUUUGCAGAAGGAGAACCAAAUCUGAUCGCAGCUACCCAGUCACAUACAACAAUAACACCGCAGACUUUGCGCCCGGAGCAGGAGGUGGGCAAGGUCCGGCCGUUGACCCGCAGCCAUGCGAAGGUCCCUACGAGGAGCCCAACCGCUGCUUGGAGAACAACUACACGGAGGAGCCCACCAAGGCCGGCCUGUACGUGGCCAUGCACACACAGCCUGAGAGCGAGUACGAGCUCCUAGUGAGCAAGGAGUCUGAGUACGAAGUGACCGUAUGAACAAAGCCCUGGCAAGGAAGGGAUGCUCAAGAGCAAGCUUUUCCAUAUCUUUAACGGACACCUAUAAACCUUCCUUUUUUGCAAGCUGGACUGCACUAUAUUGCACCAAGAUGCAGUUUGCAUGUAGAAAUUCCACAUUUCGAUACCUGGCCAUUCUUGCUAAAGUUUGCACCACUUAUUUUGCAUUUGCAGGGAUAGUCCCAUUUCAACCUCGGUUUCCAGAUGCUUUUGACAUGUGCCAGUUUCUCUUUCCUCCCCACCAGGCAUGUA